UGUUCAGGUUUCCUGGUCAGUACGUCUGAUGCUCGAGUCGGAGUCACGUCUCUAUGGAUAAUCUCAUCGAGCUGUUCUUCUGAAUACAUCGAUAUGAAGGCGCUAAUAGGGCUGCUGCUGUUGGUCUUUGGUCACGGUGUGUCCUCAGUGCAUCACUCUAUGCAGUAUUUCCUCACGGGGUCGUCUGGACUCACAGCCUUCCCAGAGUUUGUUGUUGUUGGGAUGGUGGAUGGAGUUCAGAUGCUUCACUAUGACAGCGUCAGUAAGAGAGUCGUACCCAAACAGGACUGGAUGGAGCGGUACACCAGAGAUCACCCCGACUACCUGGAGGGGCAAACUGGAAUCUUUCAGGAUUCCCAGCAGGCCUUCAAAGCCAACAUUGGGAUUGCCAAGCAGCGCUUUAACCAGACAGGAGGUGCCCACAUAAAUCAGAGGAUGUAUGGUUGUGAGUGGGAUGAUGAUGAUGAUUCUACUGAUGGUUAUGACCAGUAUGGUUAUGAUGGAGAGGACUUCCUAUCGUUUGACCUGGAGCACCUGACCUGGGUCGCUCCAAGACAACAGGCUGUCACCACCAAACGGAGAUGGGAUGAGGACAGAGCUCAAAAUUUCGAAUUUAAGAACUACUACACCAAGCAGUGUGUUGAUUGGCUGAAGAAGUACCUGGCCUAUGGGAAGAGCACUCUGCAGAGAACAGAGCGUCCGCGGGUGUCUCUGCUCCAGAGGAGCCCCUCCUCCCCAGUGGUGUGCCAUGCUACAGGCUUCUACCCUGACAGGGUGGUGGUGUUCUGGAGGAGAGACGGCCAGGAGCUCCAUGAGCAGGUGGACCCCGGGGAGGUCCUCCCCAACCACGACGGGACCUUCCAGGUCAGCGUGGACCUCAACCUCACGGCCGUCCCACAGGAGGACUGGGGGAGGUACGAGUGUGUGGUCCAGCUGAGAGGCAUCGAGGACAUCUCCACCCCCCUGGACCCCGCCCUCAUCAGGACCAACUGGGGCAAGAGUGGCCUCACCAUCCCCAUCAUCAUUGGGUUGCUUGUUCUCCUCCUCACUGCUGCUGCUGUUGUUGGAGUCCUUCUGUACAAGAAGAGGAACGCUUCAGACCAGCGACACAAACCAGUUGGUUCUGACACCAGCUCUGAGAACACUGAGGGGCAGAAUCCGGCUCCUGAGGCCCAACCUCUGACCACAGGUUAAAGUUAAAUCAUGAAGAGGCUUCUCACAUUCCUCUUCCUAAACCAGGAUGGAGUGGAUCACUGUCAUCUAUAAUCAUCACAAUCAGGCUUGGGACUUCAGCUAACUAAAGAUGCUAUGUUUGCUAAAUUACAACUCCCCAAGCAAUGUUAUACUUAAAAGGAGCAAGUAAGUUACAUAUUAAUUUAGUCUUUCGGCCUGUAGCAUAUAAACAAAAUGAAGCAUAAUCCUAACUGCAUUUGAAGUAGACAUUGAGACUCACAAAAAAUAUACGCUAUAAGACAGUGAUCAUGAUUUGUCUCAAUAUCAGAAUAACAACAAUGGGUCAAAUAGCAAUGGCUGGUGGAAUGGCCAUGAAGUAUGUCUGUAUAUGCAGUGUAAGCUUGUGCAGGCCCUGCAAGUCAGGAUGUAGGCUAUGAGUCUGAAUGAAUUGUAGGUAAAUAGGUAGUGGCCAUCCCCCGAAAGGCACCAGAAUACAGGAAAUCGAAUCUAUUCCAAAAUAAAUAUGGGGGGGGGGGGGUUAAUCAAACUUGCCGGUAUUGCCAGUGAGUUUAACAUUUAAUUUAGGCGCCUCUAAAUUAAAUUUAUUAUUAUUAUUAUUAUUAAACCUGCAAACAAUAUUUCACUGACGCCUUGAAACCAUGGCAACACAACCUCCCAAUGAUGGUAAUUUUGCUUUUUGUUCCGACCGCUUCGUGUUAUAACAUUUUACUUAUUUAAUAUAUGUUAUAAUAUAUGAUAUUAAUAUAAUAUUAUAAUAAUAUAAUAUUGCGCGUUAGCAAUAUUAUAAUAAACGCGUUAUUAACGGUGUUAACGCAAACCAAUUUUAACGGCGUUAAAAAAAUUAUCGCGCGAUUAACGCAAUUCUUUUAUUUAAAAAAGAAUAAUUGCACUAUAGGCUUUUUUUGUAUCGUCCUGUUUUGAUCAGUAUAUGCCAAUGUUGUUAUCAAUAAAAAAUCAUUUGCACAAGGGAAGCCGAUGCACUUCACCAUGUUGAUAAGAGAAUUAAAAUGAGAAGAAUUAUGGGAAAAAGAAAUCAAGGGAUAUUUAGCAUAGAAAAAAAAUUGCGAUUAAUCGUGAGUUAACUAUGACAUUGAUGCGAUUAAUCACGAUUAAAUAUUUUAAUCGCUUGACAGCUCUAGUUUAAAAUAAUGUUUAAAGAUUCUGAAUUAAGAUUUUGGACGGUGAGAGUCCGUCAAGUUUGAAUACAAUAUUAGAUUAAUUCGAUGUGCCUCCUUAAAUUGUAUGAAUUCAGAGUUCUGCUAGCUAGAGAAUUGCAUUGCUACAUAGGCUCCAAAAAUCGAGCUAGGUUGCUUCAGCCUUAAUGCUCUUUGUUGCAUAUUCUUUGUUUUUUGGGGAAUUGGAUCAUAUAUCCUUGGGUUAUCUUUCAAUAAAAUACCUUAAAAAAAAUUGCCUACAUAUAUUUAAUGUACUUAUCAUUAGGUUAGGUUUACAAGUUUACAUACUUCGUUUAUAGGGUUUAUUAUUAAAGGAUGUUUGGUUUUAGGUUAAUCCUCAGGAUUAAAUUGACAAAUAUAAACUAAUUUGUUUUAAAAUAAUAUGUAAUUGAAUAAAAAGAUACUGAAAUUGAUAAUACAAAAUUAUUAUAUUGAGU